AGUAACCAUAAGAAUGUUAAUAAUCGGAGUUAUUAGUGUUGAUAAAUAUACAUAUAUAAGCCACAUCUUCCACCCCGCUUCUCAAACUCUCCCUUAAAGCAGGCAUUUCUGCAGUUUCAAAAGCUGGAAGAAGAGAUCUUUGCCUUGACAAAAGAAACGGAAACAUCAAAAAGCAUUUUGCAAAAAAUUCAAGAGAAAAAAAGAAAUGAUUGAUUAAAUAAUUAAUUAUGCAAUUAAUUUUCGGUUUAAUAACGAACCCACUAAUCUCUCCAUCUCUCUCUCUCCUUUAACAAUUUUGUCUGAGAGAGGAAGCUAAGGAGUUAUCUUAUUUCAACGUGUGCCCUUUCUCAAGCCUUGCUUUAAGCUAAAUAAGCUAUAUUCUCUUCAGUUUUAAGCUCUUGUCAUGGGAUUUUCUUUCUCUUCCUUUUUAAAUAUUUUGGUUUAGGUCACUUUUCAUGGAAGAAGUAAGAGGGAGAAGGGUAGCUUUUGGUUAUGGGAAUUUACUGUGCAAUUAUAAUUGUAAGCCUUCCCUAUGUAAGUCCAGUCCUCCAUUAUCUGCUAUAGACAGGUUUUUAUGGGGUCAAACUCAAAGCCUCUCAUCUCAUUCUCAGGCUGCUCAUCAGCGGCCGUAUUCAAUACAAAACAAUGUGAAGAUCAACAAAGGAACAAUGCUUGGUUCAACUGCUGAUGCUUUGCUCCGGGGUUUCUCCUUCCCCAGUGAUGCAAUUGGUGGCUAUUUACCAAGGCAAACUAACCUUGAGGAAAGCUUCCUUGAUGGACUUUUGGUAGAUGGUGAGAUCCUCGCUUUGACAGAGGAUAAAAACCCUAACACGGAAAUGAAGGCAUCAAUGAAAGGUGAUUUCCCUAAAGGGGUAGUGAGGAGAAACAAGAAAGUUGCUUCUGCAGCUUUGAUCAAGGGUCAAUGGACAGAUGAUGAAGACAGGAAACUGAAAAGAUUGGUGAAGCAAUAUGGAGUAAGGAAAUGGGCACAGAUUGCAGAGAGUUUGGUUGGUAGAGCCGGAAAACAGUGUCGAGAGAGGUGGCAUAAUCAUUUGCGCCCUGAUAUCAAGGUUUCUCUAUGUUUCCACGUUUAUACUUUACUAUAUAUAUCUUCUUUGAAUGAUGAAAUCAAACAGAGGUUAUUCAUUACUUUACCUGGUUUUGUUGUCUCCAUAUCCAUUCUUCAAAAUACAGACUACCCGGAAUCUACAAACUUGGAUGUUUUUCAUGAAUAUUAG